AGUCAGUGUUUUUGCCAAAGUAAUUGACGUGGGUUGAGAUCCCGCCGCUCCACCUGUUGCGAAUCACUGGUUGCCAGUGCGAAGUUCACGUAAAAAGCAAGCGCUGCUCAUGCUAUGCGUCCCGUUGCCGCCAGAGGGCAGUGAGCGUCAACAUGACAGCAAAAAAAUGGACGGAACUAGAGGAAGAUGCGUCACUCGUGUGUGUGUUGUUAGCAUUAGCUUAAACGGAACUCCUGCCUUUAUCUCGUACUCUUUAACGUUGGAUCCGCCGGUUUCUGAAUGCUUUCUGGCCGCCAAAUGCCAUUUUGAUGGUGACCAAAUUCAACAUUCGGUACUUCGCGGCGCAAGUCAAGUUUGCGCGGACUUAUUUUUGACUGCCUUUGCUGACAUGCACUGAAGAGCCUCUGCCGCUGCCGUGAUGGGGAAAAGGAAAGACGUGGUUCAUUCUAGAUUUCUCUGCGAAGGCGGCUUGGGCCCGCACGGCAUGCACAAGCACAAGCAUAAAAAACACAAGAGGCACAAAAGGAAACAUCACGUCCUCUCCGCGGCGCCGGAGCCCGUCGUCGCCCCUCGGCCGCCCCCGCAGCUGCGACUCAAAAUCAAGUUGGGAGGGCAGACGCUGGGGACGAAGAGUGUUCCGACCUUCACCGUGCACCCCGGCGUGGCUUGUCCCCCCUCACCACUGAUGAUUGUGGAGGAUGAGGAUGACGCCGAGGAAGAUGACGAGCCUUCUGUGCCUCUGGAGCAGUAUCGGGCCUGGCUGGAUGAAGACAGCAACAUGGCCACGUCCCCUCUGGCCGACGUGGACUCGGACUCCAUGUUGGGAGUGCCCGCGGACGAGGAGGAGAGGUGGCUGGACGCUCUGGAGAAGGGGGAGCUCGACGACAACGGCGAGCUGAAGAAGGAGGUCGACGAAUCUUUGCUCACGGCCCGACAGAAAGCGCUCCUCCACAAGCAGCAGAUCCAGCCCCUCUUGGAACUGCCCAUGGGCUACAAGGAGAAGGAGAUGACGGCCGAGAUGAUGCAGAAGCGGGAAGAGCGCGCCCGCAAGCGACGCUUGCAGGCGGCCAAGAAGGCCGAGGAGAACAAGAACCAGACCAUCGAGAGACUCACCAAGACCAGCAAGGCCAAGAUGAAAAGCACGCGGGAGAAGAAGUCCAAGCAGAGCCAGUGCCCCAUGAUCCGCUACGGCGACUCGGCCCGAGGCCUGAGCGUCUCCUUCCCCGCGGGCGUCCCCGCGCCCGAGGCCGCGCCCCCCCGCCCCGCGCCGCCCGCGGCCCCCGUCGCCUGCGGCGUGAGCGGCUGCUCCAACCCCAAGAAAUACAGCUGCUCCAAAACGGGCGUGCCUCUCUGCAGCCUGCGAUGCUACCAGAAGAACUUGCGCUUGGCCCGCGGGACCGGCUCCGGCUCUCCGGGCGACCGGAUAACAUCACUUUGAGGAAAGAAGACUCGCUGCGACAA